AUGGCCGACGAAAUCCCCAAUCCAGUGGACCCUUCUCAGUCCUUGAAACGACCAUUGGAUGGCGAACAAUUGGAGGAAGCACACCCACCGCAACCGAUUCUUCCAGAAGAUUCAGCAGUCACAAAGGCAGAGAAGAUAGAGAGAAAUGGAACAAACGGGGAUUCUGUGGACAAUGGAGAGCCAUCUGCAAAAAGAGUCAGAAUUGAAGAGCAAAACCACAAACCUACGGCAACAGAUUCUCGUGAUAGAAUCAGAGGCAUUGCUCCUGUCAAGGCCGAGUAUUUGAUUCAGCCAGCCGGAAGUCGAUCGGCCACUGAUGGUCGCAAUCCUGCAGAAAACGACGAUGCCGCAGAGGGAAACACUCACGGUGAUGAUCGGGAUAAUGGAGGCAAGAAGAAAAAGAAGGCAAAGGGUCAAAAUAAGGAUCGCCAGUUUGGUUCCUGGGGUGACAAGAUCAAACUUUGCAAUAGCGUAUCGAACUCGUCAGAAUUCUCGCCAAAGGAAUGCAGUUUUGGAGAUAGCUGCAAAUGCGAACACAAUAUUAGGAAAUAUUUGGCUGAAGGAAGGAGAGCGGAUUUGACUACAUUCAAUUCAAAAUGUCCAGUUUGGGAAGACAAUGGAACAUGUUUGGCUGGCUGGAAGUGUCGUUUUGUAGGAAGUCAUUCGAAAGAGAUUCAAAGAGAGGAUGGUAGAAUGGAGUUGGUCCUCAUAGAUGACUCAGAUCGCAUGGAUGAUACAACGCUCGGGUAUGAAGAAGCGUUGGGGAGUGUCGUGAAUGUGAUCAGCACUAAAGAUAAGAUUGACCUGGCUAAAAAGAAGACGCCCAUGGAGAAAUCUGAUCUUUACACAACAUGGCUGGAUCAGAAUUCAGAGGAAGUCAACAGACAAAGUAACCUGAGAAAGGACCAGAAAAAGGAUCAGACUGAGGAAGAAAAGCAAGAGAAUCGAGCGCGAUAUGUGGAGCCUCCGUUCCUCCCAUCUGAGAAGCGACGAAUUUACUUUGGCCCCGAAACACCUGUUCUUGCGCCGCUCACAACCCAAGGCAAUCUUCCAUUUCGUCGGCUCUGUGUGGAGCUUGGUGCACAACUUACUUACUCGGAAAUGGCAAUGUCGAUACCUUUGCUUCAAGGCCAAAAAUCAGAGUGGGCAUUAAUGAAGGCACACAAGAGCGAAAUCACACCACCGCGAGUCAACUCAGACAGGAGCUCUAUUGUUCAAAAAUACGAUAACUCUAAAGACGUGAAGUUCGGCACCCAGAUUUCGGCUAGCAAACCGUUUAUGGCAAUCAAAGCUGCUGAAGUUCUAAGUCGAUUCGUGCCGCAUUUGCGAGUAAUUGAUUUGAAUUGUGGAUGUCCUAUUGAGCUUGUUUAUCGACAAGGAGCCGGUUCAGCAUUACUCGAUGCACCAUCAAAAUUGGAGAAAAUGAUCCGAGGUAUGAAUGCGGUUUCUGGAGAAGUUCCUAUCACAGCCAAGAUUCGAAUGGGUACCAUGACCGGAAAGCCUAAUGCAUUUAAGACCAUUGAACGUUUAGCAUUUGGAGGUGUUGAAUCACGCGAGAGACUUGGUGCUCCAGGUUGCGCUGCUAUUACCCUUCAUGGUCGUAGCAGACAACAAAGAUAUACCAAAAGUGCCGAUUGGAGCUACAUCGCAGAAUGUGCGGCUCUCGUCAAGUCAUACAACCAAAAGAAGGAUGAUUUGACAGACACAGUCAUGGAGCCAGAUGCACGUACAUUACCAAAUGCCCCUGAUGGAAAAAUACACUUCAUCGGUAACGGUGAUUGUUACUCUCACAUUGAUUAUCUCGACCACAUCCAAAAUGCAGGUGUUGACUCCGUUAUGGUAGCACGUGGUGCACUUAUCAAGCCAUGGCUUUUUGAAGAAAUUGAAAAGGGACAAGUCCUCGAUAAAUCCGCCUCAGAGCGUCUACAAUACGUAGAAAAAUUCACCCGUUAUGGACUUGAGGCCUGGGGAUCGGAUGAGAUUGGUGUUGGCCAAACUAGACGAUUCUUGUUGGAAUGGUUGAGUUUUGCUCAUCGAUAUGUUCCCGCAGGUAUUUUGGAACAUUUACCACCUAGUUUGCAAGACCGUCCACCGGCUUAUAGGGGCCGAAAUGAUUUGGAAACCUUGUUGGCUAGUGAUAAUUAUAUGGAUUGGAUGAAGAUUAGUGAAAUGUACCUCGGCCCCGCACACGAAGGUUUCAAAUUCCAGCCCAAGCAUAAAUCAAACAGUUAUGAAAUUGAAGCAGAAGGAUAG